GCUGCAAACGAUCCAUGGGGUGGAUCCUUCACAACUUGGCAAAAGGACACAUUUCUAGACUGCACUUGAAGGGCCAUUCGAAAUGGGACAGCCGUGUGACACCGCUGUGAUGAAUUCAGUCUGAAUGCAACCUUCAAAGGAUGCAGCACCUGAACUGGGACACAGCCCAUGACAGCACAGGAUCUGAGUCAACCAUGGAUUAGAGUUGCGCAUGCGGCAGCAAUGAAAGCCAGAUACAAAUCAACUAAAAAAUAACAAAAACUGAAAACUAAGUAGAAGCAAGCUAAAUACGAAAAAACGUAUAUGUGCACUUCUUAUGAGGGGCUUUGGCAGUGUCAAGGCAGACGAUUUAAAGGUAAUCAUCCAUUCAAUAAACAUGUACUCAAAUGCAUGAGAUGGGCCUUAACUGUCUACAACUGGUAAGGGAGCGCGUUUAGAAAAUGUUCUUAAGUACUUUAUUACUUAAAUAGUUUAAUACUUAAAUGGUUGACUCAUAUCGUUAGCGCAUGCGCGACUCAAAUCCACGGUUGACUUGAUCCUGUAGUGAAAGAUAACGCUGAUACAUCGUUGAGGAAAUUCAGCUCCCGUAUUCUUACGCAAAAAUGACGCGACAGCGUCCGUGCAUUGUAAACACGAACGUCGCACUGUAAAACGUCACGAAACAUUGUAAAUACAGACGAUCAUUGUCACAUGGCGACUUUUCACAUGACCCACUGAGGAAGUUCUCCACUGAUGUUUGACAUGUCUGCCCGGCUGCUUUUGAUCUUUUUCAUACUAUUUUUUAGUUUAAAUAGAAGCCAUGGACUUCCGCGCAGUGGGUUUCAGAUCAGUUCCUUUGAAAAAAAUAAUUUUGGAAUUAAACUAAACGAACCCGAAAAAGACCGAGAUGUGUCAGCAGAAAGGUUAAUCAAAAAGGCUCGUUGGAAGAGCAAUGGUGACCCUUCGGCACCCCAAUUCAAAGAGAAAUAUUUCUCUCAAAUGAUAGAUCACUUCAACUUCAACAGUAUGGGCAACGGCACCUACGACCAGAGAUAUUUAAUUACAGAUCAGUACUGGAAGAAAGGCGUCGGACCUAUUUUUUUCUACACUGGAAACGAGGGAGACAUUUGGGAUUUUGCUAUGAAUUCUGGAUUUAUAACUGAACUGGCAGCACAGCAGGAUGCAUUGGUGAUAUUUGCUGAGCAUAGAUAUUAUGGCAAGUCGCUCCCCUUUGGCAACAAUUCUUUCAAAAUCCCAGAGAUUGGACUGCUGACUGUGGAACAGGCGCUGGCAGAUUAUGCUAUUAUGAUCACAGAGCUCAAAAGGGAACUCGGCGCCACAAAGUGCCCAGUCAUUGUUUUCGGCGGAAGUUAUGGAGGUAUGCUGAGUGUCUACAUGAGACUGAGGUACCCAAAUAUUGUAACGGGAGCUCUGGCUGCCAGUGCCCCCAUCUUAUCUACAGCUGGAAUGGGGGAUUCAAGGCAGUUCUUCCAGGAUGUGACUGCAGACUUUGAAAACUACAAUCUUUCCUGCAGUGUUGCAGUUAGGGGAGCCUUUUCACAGCUUGAAGUCCUCGCUCAGCGUGAAGAUUAUAGACGUAUCCAGUCAUCUUUUAAUCUCUGCAAAACCCCAGAAUCCAGGCAAGACAUUCAUCAGCUUAAGGGCUUCCUGCGUAAUGCCUUUACUGUCAUGGCUAUGCUUGACUACCCCUACAGCACCCAUUUCAUGAGCCGAAUGCCUGCUAACCCAGUCAAGGUGGCCUGUCAUACUAUGCUAAAUGGACUGAAUUUAUUGUCUGCCCUAAGAGAAACUGUGGGUAUAGUGUACAACUCCACAGGAGAGCUCCAGUGUUAUGACAUCUACAACGUUUAUGUAGAGUGUGCUGAUCCCACCGGUUGUGGCCUUGGACCUAACAGUCUCGCCUGGGACUACCAGGCCUGCACGGAGAUCGAGUUGUGCUUUGAGAGCAACAACGUCACGGACAUGUUCCCGCCGCUGCCCUUUACAGAGCAAGACCGGGAGAGUUACUGCACAAAGAAGUGGAGCGUGGUGCCGCGACCAGGCUGGCUCAAAGCCCAGUUCUGGGGGGACGAUCUUUCCACGGCUAGCAAUAUAAUUUUCUCCAAUGGCAACCUCGAUCCAUGGGCAAAUGGAGGGGUACGAAAGUCGCUGAGCCCAUCACUCAUUGCAAUCAACAUCCCUGAAGGGGCACAUCAUUUAGAUUUAAGAGGGUCGAAUGCAGCUGACCCCUUAUCAGUCACUGAGGCCCGCAGGAAGGAGUCUGAAAUAAUUGCCCAUUGGGUGAAAAUGGAGGAAAAUGAAACACUCUGAAAAUGUACCUCGAAAUGACAACACACAGGUGUAUACAUUCAAAUUUAUGAACUACAAUUUUAUUAACCUUUCGUAAAAAUUUAAUGCCAACGUUUGUACAAAUGCAAUAAAAUCAAUAGUCUUUUUCAAAAAA